UAUAUAUCCAAUUACUUGAAACUAGAGUAGAGUAUAAAAAUAUACGACUUAUAAUGAUCUAUAUAUUACUAUAUUUGUUAUUGUACGUUAUCUCAAGAGGAAUAGCAUUCUGUUUCCCUUCGGCUUCCCUAACCCGCAAAGGCCCAAACAUCAGAGUUGAAAGAAUAGAAUAGAACGAUUUUAGCUUUUGAUUUCGACUGAAGCAGCCUCAUUAUUCUUUCAAUUUAAUGGCUCGACGUCGGCGACUCAAAACACUACUGGAUGCAAGUAGGGAUUUAAUAAGUGAGCUGCCGAUAGAGGUAAAGGAUAGAGUUUUGGAGUGUUUGCCCACCCGAGACGCCGCCAGAACUGCUCUGCUCUCAAGGCACUGGAAUGAUGUUUGGUUGCAGCAUGGGCAACUUGCGUUGGAUCGGAAAUUCUUCAAAAGUGUCCGAAAGCGCCAAGAUGAUGAAGGUAGAACCCGCGUGAACAUAAUCAACAAUAUCAUCUUUCUCCGUACUGGGCCGAUUAAGAAAUUUACUCUACACAUUCCUUGUGCUAAUCCUAUGCCGCAACAGUCUGAUUUUGAUAGGUGGUGUCGUUUUCUGUCAAGAAAUGGUGUAGAGGAACUUGACUUAUUGUUAUAUAAUGAUCUAGAGCCAGAAUAUCAGCUGCCAUUUUGUUUACUCUCUUGCAGGACAAUUAAGCAACUCAAAGUCCAAGGUCCCUCUAUUGAUUUGCCAGUAAAUGCUUGUGAUAUAUUUUCCAAUGUCACUUCAUUAGAGUUUUUUUAUGUUGAAUUUAAGCGCGGCGUUAAUGGAAUUGCCUCUAGUAUUAGUAUUCCUAAGCUUGAGAAGCUGUCUUUCAAGCAUUGUGUAGGGAUCAAUAAGUUUGAGAUCAGUCCUCCAAAGCUUGAAAUCUUGUGUGUUAUUAGUUCUAUGCAUGGUGUUGUCAUUGAGUCGAGAUGGUUGGCACCGCAUUUGAAACUCAUUAAGACUCUUUGGUUGUCUGGCCCUUCGUUGAUGUGUAUGGAUGCAUCUAUGUUUCCAAGUGCAAUAAAUCUGCAAGUGAUGAAGCUAUAUGGAUUAAAUUUUGGUUGUCCAAAGCAGCUUGCCGUUGUUAUGCAAUUGCUUACAAAAUGUCCUAACCUAUGUGAACUGCAUAUUUUGGAGAGCGAGUUCGGUCUGAAGGAUGACAAAGAAGUUGCUUCAAGGCUUUUGGAGGAUCCAAAUAGUUGCUUUGUUAGUCAUGAGCUGAAGAUUCUUAACACAAUCAAGAUUGAAUCGAACUGUGCAUCCGCACUCCAAAUGCUUUUUAUAAUAAUGUUGCUCUCAAAAUCUCCUGCGCUAGAGAGAUUUAUUCUGAAGUUUUGGGGUAUGAAUGCCCCCGAGGUGAGAAAAAUCCAAAGGAAGUUGGAAUGCUUUCCGCGUGCAUCUUCAAACGCACAUAUUGUCUUUCACGGACAAUGAGAAUGAUUCUAUGGGUAUGGA